CGUAACCCCCGGUUGCGGGCGCGCGGCGGUGACGUAUGGGGGGGGUUGACCAGCUGUGGGGAUGGAGGAGAAAGAACAGCUGCAGCGUCAGAUCCGCCUGCUGCAGGGUCUCAUAAAUGACCACAAAAAUGUUCACGGCAAUGCCCCCGUGCCUCUGCCUUCCAUGACUCUGAGGUGGAGAAAUCCCCAUCCACCUACCUUCAGCAGUCGGGGCGCAUUCUCUGCAAGAUAUUCCCAGCAAGCCCCAGUGGAUUUCCAGCAGCAUCAUGGUAACUUCUGGAGGAAAAAAUACUCCCUUGUAAACAGACCACCUGGGCCAGCAUCCCUUUCUGGAAGCGGUCUAUCUGCUAGCUCAUCCCAGGCUUCUGUGAGCCAUGGGAACUGCCAGCCCCUUGGGUCACAGCCAGCGGCUUUGGAAAGGCAUGUGGGCUUGACUACAAAUGGUAACAUAGUUGUUGGGAUCAAAUUGCCCCAGAGGACUAGCGCCGCUUUAGACAAUAGAAGCACUGGUGAGCCAGGGUCUCUGCAAGGUUUGUCUGGGGUGAAAGAAGCUGGAGCUGCCGCAGAGGGUGCUAAAAGAUUACAUGGAUUUUCUUAUUCUCAAAACAUUGACAAAGAAACAUCUUUACCAGUCUCACAUUGUUCAGUGCACCAGGCUCCUGUUACCGGCAGCCGGGACGAUGCAAACGCAGUGUAUCUCACAGGAAAGGGCAAAACGAGGACCACGAAACUGCCUGGCGAUGCGACUAAAAGUGCCUCUGAGUUGUGUCGAACUAUCAGUGAAAGUGCCACAGCGCUGAAAUCUAAGCUUCUGCAGCCUUCAGCCCUGCCUGAUCGAGAGGCAGGCUGGCUGUCAUCAGGGAAGAAGUCGGAGCCCCAGUUUCCAGCUCAGUUUAGUUCAGAGCAAGUCGGAGCAGGAAGAGGUGGUUCGAAAGAGCCAAAGAUUUUUGGACACGCGGAAGCUUUCACUAGUUAUGCUCAGGCGGCCACUUCAGAGGCUGGUGCGGGCUCAGCUAAGAUCAAAUUUGUCAUGCCGCUCAAGGCUCCCAGUCUCCAAAGACCUGUCUCGCCGGCAGCUUCUAGCAAAACUUUGAAGUUCAGAAAAACCAACUACACGUGGGUUGCAAACCCUGGCAAAUGUCCCCGUGUUAUGAGGAGGUGGACUAGCCCAAAGGCUCCUGAAAGUGGGAAGAAGCUUGCUUUUAGUGCAGAGCGAGCUGUGAAGGUUCUGCCAAAGGGGGACUUGGGAGCAAAGCAGAAGAAAUCUGGAUUGCAUUCAAAACCCAAUGCAUCUCCUAGUAAAUACAAAUGGAAAGCAUCCAGCUUGCAGUUCUCUCCUUCCACAUCCAAGUCGACAUUCACCUGGCAGUCUGGGACCCAGCAGGAGCCUGGAGUCUCUCAGCUCCCUAGAGCCGACUCAGGCCUUCAGACCCUAAACAAUGCAUCUGUUAGUCAUGGUGGGUUGAAGCCUCCCUUUAAUGAUGCUGCAUUUUCCACGUAUAAAGUGAAGAGCCGGACCAAAAUCAUCAGAAGAAAGGGGAGUUCUGGUUCCCCAGUUGAUAAGAAGAACUCCUCCUCCCCCACCAUGCCUCUGAAAAGUCCUAGCUAUCUCAGGAAGAGAACCUGUGUGCGGGGGAAACCUUCUCCGAUGUUGAAGAGAACUUCACCCAAAGGUCGGCUGGUGCAGAUCACCAAGCACAGGCUAUGCCGGCUGCCUGCCUCCAGAACACAUGUCCCUGCCAAGGAAGGGUCCAGCCUGCACCUUGUGAGGAGCCCCCCGGCUAAUAAAGUAAUAAAGACCCGCUAUAGGAUAGUGAAGAAGAACGUGGCUUCCCCUUCAGGGUCCUUGUCGUCCUUCAGCGACCCCAUUCCCAGCUGGAAGACGAGGCGGCUUGCAGGAUCCAGAUCUCUGGUGUUAAACCGAAUGCGCCAGUCGCCUCAAGGAGGCAAGUCCCCGCAGCUGCAGCAGAGAUGGAGGAACAAAGGGUAUCGCUGUAUAGGAGGCGUGAUGUACAGGGUGUCGGCAAACAAGCUGUCCAAAACCUCCAGCCCGCCAGACCGGGACAGCGACCUGAGCAACAAGAUCCAUGUCAAACUGGCAAGGUUGGAUUGUACACCCAGCGGUCCUGGCCAUUCUCCUCCCAGCUGUCUGAAUCGAUCAGCCACCAGCCGUUACAUUGCAAGCCGAGCUGUUCAGCGGAGUUUAGCCAUCAUUCGUCAAGCCAAGCAAAAGAAAGAGAAGAAGAAGGAGUAUUGCAUGUACUACAACCGGUUCGGCAAGUGUAACCGCGGGGAGAGCUGUCCUUACAUCCACGAUCCGGAGAAAGUAGCUGUCUGCACCAGGUUCCUCCGUGGUACAUGCAAGAAGACUGACGGGACGUGUUCAUUUUCCCACCAAGUUUCUAAAGAUAAGAUGCCGGUUUGCUCCUACUUCCUGAAGGGGAUCUGCAACAACAGCAACUGUCCCUACAGCCAUGUCUACGUGUCCAGGAAAGCAGAAGUGUGCCCAGAUUUCCUCAAAGGCUACUGCCCCAGGGGAGAAAAGUGCAAGAAGAAGCACACCCUGGUGUGUCCUGACUUUGCCAAGAAAGGUGUCUGUCCGAAGGGCGCUCGGUGCAAACUGCAGCAUCCCCAGAAGCGACAUGGGAGACAUGCCUCCAGCUCAGGGGACUCUGACCGGGGCAGCUCGCCACCGAAAUGGAGGUGGCUUGGGGAGCAGACACUCAGGAGGGAAGCAGCCCGGGUCCAUGACGAUGGAGAGGUGCCCGGACCCUCCAGAGCGGAGCAGGAGGUCAAGUUUUGGAGUGACACAGAGGCCCCCGGCACCAGCAGGCUCCAGAAGCUGCCGUCCUUCAUCUCUCUGCUGUCAUCCACCUCCCCAAGUGACGAGGCCCGCAGACCUGAGAGAGACAAGGCAGGAGAGGAGACAGCAUCUGAGUGCCUCCAUGUGACACUGAGAACAGUGGCAGAGUCCUUGGUGGCUUCUUGGAGAGUCUGGCAUCAGUCCUAGCAGGAGGGGGUUUGAAGGCAUAGGACAGCACCGCUCCAGGCCACCGGAGAUGGGGGAGGGGGGUAGCACCAGGUGUGGGACCUGCAGCCCCUUCCACGCUCCCUUCUAUUUUGUUCCUAAAUUGACUCGGCUUCAAUCUCAUUCACGCCCCCUUGACAUGCCGGCAUCUGCCUGAAGCGCGUCGGGCUUAACACCCUCCCUUGGCUGCAGGUGGAGAGGCCCCCGCGAGCUCCUAACGGAUGCAUUGAAAGCAAGCCUUUUUUUUUUUUAUUGAAAAAUAUAAUGGUGCCACCUGAAGCGUGAUUUACUGCAAUGUCCACUCCUCGGACUUGAUAAUACAUUUCUAUUAGAUUUCUUCCUUUCACUCUGUCUUCCCCUGGAAGAGUGGCAAGUUUCUGUGGCUGCCUGACACCUUCUUAGGCUUAGGCAAAAUAAAUGUUGAUUUUCAUCAAAAGUAAGAGCUUUGGAAGUACUAAUUCUCCAGUGAGGCUGACAAGCUCAGCAAAAGCAGCUCAGGUUUCUGCAGAGGGCUCGUGAUCCAGCCACGCUCUUCUCUUUGGAAGCAGUUCAAUCAUCAUAAUGAAAAAGGGGCUUCUUCUCCGAGCUUUCGCUAACUAGAAAUUAUAUACCUGGUUCCCAGAAGACAGAUUGUGUCGCUCCCAAAAUACAGAGGGUGGCGUGGAGUGAAGGAGCGCUCGGCGCAGCACAAGAUUGAUCGCGCAAUUUG